GGCUUUUGGUUUCUUUUUCGUGUGUGUGUGUGUGUGUGUGUGUGUGUGUGUGUGUGUGUGUGUGUGUGUUUAGAGGGUGAAAUGAUGACGUGGGGGAAAAAAGAAGCGAGUCCUGUGGGAAGAGAGGAUGACUUACAGUAUGUAUUUAUUUAUUCGCAACUCCUCGUUCCCGCCUCCACCCUCCUCCCUUUCACCCCUCCACCCUUGGGGGCCGGUGUCGCACGAAACCUCUAGAGGGAGUCUAUUCCCCCCUCUUAUCUCCACCCCCCUCCUCCCCUUCCACAGUUCCAGCUCCUCCUCUUUCUCCACCUCUUGUCCCUUACCUCCUUCCCUAGGGCUACAGGGAGGUGGUGGCUAGGUUCCUUUAAGGCAGACUCAGCCGCUGGUUCCCCCCCCCCCCCCCGGGGGCACUGUCUCUUUAAAAGGCUGUAUCUUGUCCAGCAGCUGCUCGGGGGCGGGGUGGGGGGGCGAUGACCAUUGUUUCUGGCCGGGGAGAUUCAGCCCCCUCCCCUUCUCCUCCUUCUCCGCCCUUCCCCCUCCUCCCUCUUCCUCCUCUCCACCCCUCUCUCCCUCUCCCUCUCCCUCUCGGGCUCUGAGGCUGAGAGAGAGCGCGCGGCGUCGGAGACGCGGAGCUCUAUGUAGGCUCUUGCCCGCUGCAUUGGUGCACCCGCCUCCCGGGCACACGCACACCUACCUAGAUUUAAUUGGCAAUUAAACUAGUGGUGGGGGAAAGAAAAGAAAGGCAGGAGGACAAGAUGGCUGAGCUAGGCAGUAAGGGAGUGACCGCGGGGAAAAUAGCCAGCAACGUGCAGAAGAAACUCACCCGUGCGCAGGAAAAGGUUCUCCAGAAGUUAGGGAAGGCAGAUGAGACUAAGGAUGAGCAGUUCGAGCAGUGUGUCCAGAACUUCAACAAACAGCUGACAGAAGGGACCAGGCUGCAGAAGGAUCUCCGCACCUACUUGGCAUCUGUCAAAGCAAUGCACGAAGCAUCGAAGAAGCUAACGGAGUGUCUGCAGGAGGUGUAUGAGCCAGACUGGCCCGGGAGAGAAGAGACAAACAAAAUAGCGGAAAACAAUGACCUGCUAUGGAUGGAUUACCAUCAGAAACUGGUGGACCAGGCGCUUCUGACCAUGGACACUUAUCUAGGCCAGUUUCCUGACAUCAAGUCUCGAAUUGCUAAGCGUGGGAGGAAGCUGGUGGACUAUGACAGUGCCCGCCACCAUUAUGAGUCUCUCCAGACCGCCAAAAAGAAGGAUGAAGCCAAAAUUGCCAAGCCUGUCUCGCUGCUUGAGAAAGCCGCCCCCCAGUGGUGCCAAGGGAAACUGCAGGCUCAUCUCGUAGCUCAAACUAACCUGCUCCGAAAUCAGGCUGAGGAGGAGCUCAUUAAAGCUCAGAAAGUAUUUGAGGAGAUGAAUGUUGACUUGCAGGAAGAGUUACCAUCUCUGUGGAAUAGCCGUGUUGGUUUCUAUGUCAACACAUUCCAGAGCAUUGCUGGCCUCGAAGAGAAUUUCCACAAGGAGAUGAGCAAGCUGAACCAAAACCUGAAUGAUGUGCUGGUGAGCCUGGAAAAGCAGCAUGGCAGCAACACGUUCACCGUCAAGGCCCAGCCCAGCGACAAUGCCCCCACGAAAGGGAACAAGAGCCCCUCACCGCCACCCGAUGGUUCCCCAGCUGGCACCCCUGAGAUCAAGGUCAACCACGAGCCUGAGCCAGCCAGCCUGGAUACUCCUGGGGCUGCCAUCCCCAAGUCGCCGUCUCAGCUUCGAAAAGGUCCACCAGUCCCACCGCCUCCCAAACACACUCCGUCCAAGGAAAUCAAGCAGGAGCAUAUUAUCAGCUUGUUUGAUGACAAUUUUGUCCCCGAGAUCAGCGUGACCACCCCCUCACAGUUUGAUGCCCCUGGGCCUUUCCAGGAAAAUGCCAGCCUAUUGGAUCUGGACUUUGAUCCCAUCCCACCAGUUGCAAGCCCUGUGAAGGCACCUACACCCUCUGGUCAGUCAAUUCCAUGGGAUCUCUGGGAGGCUGCAGAGAGUCCAGCUGGCAGCCUGCAGUCUGUGGAGCAGGGCCCUGCUGAUAGCGCCACCGAAGAGGGCGCAUUUCCCGUGGUCUGGCCCAGCCAGACCGCAGAGCCUGGGCCGGCCCAACCGGGAGAUGUGACAGAGGCUGGCGGGACGAAACCAGUGGCAGUACUCGAAGGAGCCAAAGAGACGGCGGCAAGUGACGGGGCCUCUAGCUCCCUGCCUGCUGUGGUGGUUGAGACCUUCCCCGCCACUGUGAAUGGAACUGUAGAGGGCAGUACUCCCUCGAAGAGGUCCGACCUGCCCCCAGGAUUCAUGUUCAAGGUCCAGGCACAGCAUGACUACACGGCAACGGACAGCGAUGAACUGCAGCUGAAGGCUGGUGAUGUUGUGCUGGUGAUUCCCUUUGAGAACCCAGAGGAGCAGGAUGAAGGCUGGCUGAUGGGUGUGAAGGAGAGUGAUUGGCACCAGCAUAAGGAGCUGGAGAAAUGCCGAGGCGUUUUUCCUGAGAACUUCACGGAAAAAGUUCAGUGAGAGCUAGAGCCAUCAGUCUUCUUUCAAGGGGCGUGAAGCCAACUCCCACCCCUUCUCCACAAAAAAAAAAAAUGUGUCUUAGUACGAUUUGUGUUAGUUGUAUAUUGUGGAUAAGGUUAAGAUGACAGAAGAAGAAAAGAAGAGAACUAAGGCUGAAAAACUUAACAGAUGACAAACAAAAAUCAGAAGUUAAAAUGAAGUUUUAAAAGUGUUAUUUUGCAGCUGAUAUGUAUCCCUGUAGUUGAGUUCCAAGGCUGAAAUAUCCCUACUCAGUUCUCAGUAGCAUGUGAGCCUUGACCAGGAAAUAACCCACUGGGGUGAGAGAGUGACCUUGUUGAAGACAGACAGCAGGGGAUACUCAAACCAUCGUGCUUACCUGUCACCAUGAUGUGUCCCAUGGUGAACAUCAUCCAUCCUUCCCAGCAACUGCUGUUGGCAUGGGUAUUGACAAGCAGCCCCCCCUCUAAUCUUGGCUUCAAAGAUCCUCCUUCGACCCCACUGGCCAGAACACGUGUUGGGCUUUGAUGAUAAAUACUAGUGUACAGUGUUAAAUGAAAAGAAAAACACACGAUCAUAAAAUUACCAGAAAAAAAAACCAAACCUGCUAAACCCCAAACAAAUUGUGUGUUUCUUUUUUCUUUACAUCUCUCCCUUCUCCCUCUCCUCCAAUAAGUAUAAGUGGUACUAGGAUUUGGGAUUUUCUACUGUGAUGAAGGAAAAAAGCUAAAGCAAAAUGGGGGGAGGACCUGCAUUUAAUCAGAGGGAAAUUUCCUUCUUCCUAGCUGAUUUGAACCAGGACCUCCUGUCUCUGGGCCUGGCUCUCAAUCCAAUGAGCUCCUGUGCUGCCCUCCUUUUUAAUCCACUAUUAUACAAAGACAAAAAAUUGAUCAGAGGAAGAAGAUAUUGUUAGGGAAGUCUUCCUGGAAAUGGAGGUUUUCCUCUCUGGGGACAAAUUACUGUGAAAGUGACUCCUGGUCAGAGAUUUAAGAAAAGGAGAAAACAUGCUGAGGAAAAGAAGGCAAAAUGGGAGAUUUUCUUAAAAGUAUAGCACUUGAAAAUGGUACCUUUUUAUUAGGAGGAGAGAGCACAGGUCGACCCCUUUGUUUUUCGUUCUUGAAUGGGGCUCACGUUUUCCCCGUGGAGAAUUCUGCAAACUGGCCUAUGUUGGAGCCACCUUUCUGACUUUGCUCUUGGCUAGGUCCAGAGCUGUCUGAACUCUUAAACCCUAUUUAAUAUUGGUGCAUGAUGUUCUUAUACUGUGGUUAGUUUAAAGGGAUUGGUCUGAGAAGGAGAAGACUUGAGGAAGAGAUGAAGGGUGUGAGAAUUCAGGCAUUCCCAUUCCUCCAUGGCUUUGCUUUAGCUUCUGCAGGAGGAAAGGGGAAACUGUGGAGACUUGAAUACGGAUGCAAACAGAACAAUACCACCUCUUUGUCCUGUUCUCUCUCUCUCUCAUUCUCUUCCCCUUUUAAUAUAAACUCUUCUCUUGGGAAAACUCCAUGUAAGACAAGUGGGACCUCCAUGCUCAGACCUCAGCCCGUCUGAACACUCACGUGGGCAGAAAUGGCUCCCAGGGGCUACUGGUGUAGCUGUUGAUGCUUGUAUGAUGAAUUGGAGUGUUGAGGUGAGAGGGGAAGAUCCAGGAGCCAGCUUUGCGUUCUAGGAUAGGUUGAUUUCACUUGAAAAGGUCAUCUUCAGCAUUUCACUCAGUGUUUUAUUUUUAAAAUGCAAAAGCAAAGCAAAACAAAAAAACUAUUCUCCAUUGGGGUGUGUGUGUGUGUGCCUGUGUGCGUGCGUGCAGGUGUGUGUGUUUGUGUUGUGUGUUUCAUCUUUCUUUUCUACCUGUUCAGGGAUGACUGUCAUAGCUUGCCUCUGGCUGGAACCCCUUGUGAGAACUAGUAUGUAGCUGUAAGGCAGCCUUGCAAAUAGCCACCCCUCCCUCCCCCCAACUCGCCCAGGGACGAAGGCCAGCAAGCAGUCAGGCUUGUUUGGGUGGUGGUCUCCAGGGUUCUUCUCAGGGAGGGUGGGCUGGGAAAACUCUAUGGGCGGCUGUUUUGGGUACUUUAUCUGCAAGGCUGCCUUGGUUAUGUGAUGGUCAUUUUCCUUAAGAAUGCUAUAGUGUGUUUGCCUUGUUAAUUGGGGGAAAAAAAAAGUAGUGAUGUUGGUUUCUGUUUUGGAAAAUCUGAACAAUGUAAUGAUCGAUCCAUGUGAAACUCUAUUUUUAUGCAUUUGUAAACCCAGUUGAAUCUUCUCAGAGCAAUGUUUUAAAAUAUAUAUCUACUUAAAUAUAUAACAGAGUAAAAGCAAGUGAAUUGGGUUAAUGCCAGAAUCUUAGCUUAAAUUUGUUUAUUUUUAUGCAAAACUUGUGGCCUUUUUUUUUUUUAAAGACAGGAUUAUAGUUUCAUCCUCUGAACUAUGUCCUGGGUUGACUUGUUUGGUCAGCAAAUCUUUGUGCAGUACAGAGCUGUAGACAGUCAAACAGAGAGACCUUUGUUGGGGGUGGGGAGUGGGAGAAUGUUUUUGUUUUUUAAUUUUAAUUUAUCUCCAGAAUGGAAACCAAAUAAUCCAAUUUCUUUCAUUCAAUAAACAUUGAGUUCCUCUUC